AUGAGCUACCUCUCUCGUUCUCGUUCUGUGUACGGGCCCACUACUUCCACUACUUGCCUCAAUAAAGAUGACGAAGACGACGACGAUGGAGGCGGUAAGACCGACAACAACAACAACAACAACGCCGAUGAUCAUCCCGGGGCCAGCAUGAAACAACGGACACGAAUAGGAACAUGGAACGUUUUAACCCUAGCCCAGCAGGGUAAACUGAUACAACUUGCCAACGAGGCGCGUCGAAUGAAACUUGAGAUCCUAGGACUCAGUGAAGUCCGUUGGCUGAACUUUGGAGAACACAGAAUACCAUCGGGACAAAUUCUGCAAUACUCUGGCCUACGAGGUGAAAACGCUCCCCGGCACCGUGGAGUUGGCUUCCUACUGAGCGCCCAGGCACACUCUGCGCUUAUGAAAACAAGGGUUCGAAACCUCACUAUAAUCCAAACCUACGCGCCUAAGUUCUCUUUGUCCUACGAUGCUGCCGACCUGCAAGACAAAGAGAACUUCUACAGUCAACUCAAUGCCACCGUAGAUAGAAUUCCGAAGGGCGACAUCAUGAUCUGUAUGGGCGACUUCAACGCGAAGAUCGGAUCCGAUAACUCGAACUAUGAGCGCUUUAUGGGGCGCCAUGAUCUCGGAGAAAUGAGCGAAAACGGAGAGCUGUUUGCAGAAUUCUGUGGCAAUAACGACAUGGUGAUCGGGGGAUCGCUCUUCCCCCAUCGACGGGUUUACAAGGUCACGUGGGUUUCCCGUAACAGCUUUACCGAAUAUAAAAUUGACCACAUCUGCAUCAGCCGAAAGUGGAAACGGUGCCUUCUUGAUGUGCGGAAUAAACGUAGUGCCGAUAUCGCGUCUGACCACCACCUCAUCAUCGGCGAAAUACGCCUGCGUGUUGCGCGUAUUCCUCGACAAGAGGAGAGAGUUGGACGGCAGUUUAACACACGCCGACUGGAUGAUACCACAGUGAAAAGGUCCUUCACUGUGGAACUGCAGACUUGUGCUGCAGACAUUCCGGAAGGUGGCAGCGUGGAAGACCAAUGGACAGCCAUCAAGAAUGCCUUCAACGUCACCAGCGAGAAUAAUCUGGAGGAGCGGAGAGGAGCCAAAGGCGCAAUACAGCGAUCCAAAACCCGAGGAGCCAUAUAUUCGGCCCGUCAACGAUACUCGGCUCUGGAGAAGAAAGUAAAACGCUCAUGUAGACGGGACAAGCGAGCGUGGGCGGACUCCCUCGCCGACGAAGGAGAGAAGGUCGCUGCAACCGGGGACAUUCGUCUUCUCUACCAUAUCUCACGACGCCUAAGUGGGGCGAAGAUUAAUGCGACAAUGCCUGUGAAAGACGCGAUUGGUCAACUGCUAACCGACCCAACUGAUCAACUUAAACGCUGGUUCGAGCACUUCGAACAAUUUUUCCAAGUGCCAGCCAGGCCACCAUCACCUCGGUAUGACCCGCCUAGGGUGUCUGAACCCAUCCGGGUCGUAGCUGGCGUGAGGCAAGGAUGUAUUCUAUCACCGCUACUGUUCCUCAUCGUAAUCGUCGAGAUCCUGGUAGGUGCGAUUGACCGUGAACCAAACCGUGGGCUGCUGUAG